AUGGCGGGCUCCCCGACCGCGGCGGCGGCGGCUGCGGUGCGGGCCCAGGUGCACGAGCUGGGGUCCCCGACGGGAGCACGCGAGGCGGCCAGGAGAUUGGAGCACUUCCAGCGUGCCGAGGGCGCGGUGCAGGUGUGCUCGCUGCUGCUGCAGGAGGCGCUGCAGGCCCAGGACACCAACCUGGCCUUCUUCGCCGCCCUGACCGUCGCCGAGCGCGCCCGCAUGCCCUCGGAGGGGGAGGCGCCAGUCGCUGCCGACCUCUGCAGCACGCUCCGCGCCGGUGCGCUCUGCCAGGCCCGUCUGCCCGGCGUGGUCGUCCGCCAGCUCGCCGCGGCGCACGCGCGGCUGGCGCUGUGCCUCGGCGACGCGUGGCCCGCCGCGAUCGACGAGGCCCUGGCCCUGCCCUGCGGGCCCGACGCGUCGCCGCUGACGGAGGUGCUGCGGGCGCUCGCCGAGGAGUCGCUGAACAGGCGCUGCCCGGUGAGCCCGUCGCAGAGGGCGCGCUUCGUCGCCGCGGCGAGGGACCGCACGGCCGACGUGAUGCGGGCGCUGGGGCGCGCCGCGGAGGCGCAGCCAGGCGCGAAGCCGCUGCAGGCGGCGGCGGUGUGGCUGCGGGCGCAGCCGCUCUUCGAGGAGAGGCUCCCGAUGGUCUCGCACAGCGAGGGCACCCACGCCUCCCUGCGCGCCUUCGCGCCCCUGCUGCCGCUCGCCGCGCGCGCCGCGCGGCUGGAGCUGGACCUUGAGGCCUUCGGGGCGGCGGCCGAGGCCCUGGAGGCGGUGCUGGGCCUGACCACGGACCUCUCCGAGGGCUGCGCGUCCGAGGUGGUCGUGCCUCUGCUCUCCGCCUUCGGAGCCGCCCUGGGCAGGCUGCUGCCGCGCACCAGCGAGGGCACCGCCGCGGAGCUGCGGGACGUCUACACCGUGCUCGCCUCCGCCGUGCGGGCCGCGUGCACCUCCACGGCGGUGAUCAGGUGCCCCAGGCUCUGGACGGAGGUCGUGGACAUGGCCAUGCAGCUGCUGGCCGUCGCGGGGCUCAGCGGCGCCCUGAUGCAGCAGGGCGACGGCGGGCUCCUGGACGACCUGCUCCGCACACUGGAGGACACCGCCACCUCCUUCUUCGAGGCGACGGAGCAGGCCGGGCGAGAGGGCGAGCAGGCGUACCUGGCGCAGGCCGAGGCGGCGAUGGCCGCCGCGCUCGGCAAGCUGAUCGAGCUCCUGCCGGCCGCACUGGCCCUGCCGCCGACGCUGGAGCGGGUGCCCGAGGAGUGGGAGCUGGCGGACCUCCGGCGGAGGGCCUCCUUGGCCCUCCUCGCCUGGUGCGGGGGCGGCCGCGGCCAGGCCCCCGAGGCCGCCGCCACCGCAGCGCUGCAGCGCCUGGAGCGCCUGCUCUCGCGCCUGCCUCCGCCCGGCCAGGACGUUGGCCCGCGGUGGGCGGACGUCGAGGUCGCGCUGUGGUUCGCCACCUCUGCGGCGGAGGCCGUGUACCGCGGCUCGGUGCGGAGCGACGGGGCCGUGGCGGUGCCCGAGCUGCUGGCGCGGCUGCUGGCGGGCCUGCCCUCCCUGCCGCGCUCCGGGGUCUCGCCGGCCAGGUGGGUCCUGAUCCUCGCGUCGGCCUCUGAUUUCGUCCGCGCCGCGGACCCGUGGCUGACGCCAGAGCGGAUGCCGCUGAGCUCGGAGGUGGGCCAGAAGCUGCUGGCCUUCCUCUUCGACGCCGCCAGCGGCGCCGAGUCCCCCGCCGCUGCAUCGGAGGCUCUCUGUGUCGCGAUCACCAACCUCUCGCCCGCCCUCGCCGCGACGCCAGCGAUCGGCGAGGCGCUGCUGCACAGAGUGGUCGCUCUCAUCCUCGCGCCAGAGCUGCCGCUCCGGCGCAGGGAGCGCCUCGUGCAGUGCGCCCUGGGCCCCCUGCUCACCCUGCUGGAGCCCGCCCGGCUCGAUGCCGUCUUCCAGGAGCUGCUGGCCGCCAUGCGCGCCGCCGCGGCACCUCCCAGGGGCGCCGUGCCCUCCGCCUGCCCGGGCGCCGCCUGCUCGCUGCUGUUCCGGGCCCUCGGCGGCUGCCCGCAGCAGCCAGGGGCAGAGGGGCUGCAGCUGCGCUGCUUCUCGGAGCAUUGGCCCUGGUUCGAGGCCGCGCUGACUGCGUGGGUGCCCACGGAUGCCAUCGCCUCGGCCGUGUGCGAGACCCUCGUGGAGGCGCUCGGGGGCGCGUGGGCGCACCCCGGCGCCCAGGAGGCGGUGCUGCGCGCGGCGUCGUUGCUGCGGGACGCGGUGGCUCGCAGCCGCACCGCCCCGGCGCUCACGGUGCCCGCGCUCUCGGCGCUGACGAGCCUCGUGCACUCCCUGCGCGGCGGCCCCGCCGAGGGCGCCGUCGCCGCCGGGCUCGCGAGCAGCGCGCUGGGGGCGGCGGGCGCGCUGCUGGGCGCCGCGGCGGACGGGCCACUGCCGGCGGACGCUGCGGCAGCGCUGCCGGAGCUCCUCGCGGCGACGCUGGCGCCAGGGAGGUCGGCGGCGGCGCUGUGCGUGCUGCAGCAGCCAGCCGCGCUCUCCUCCGCGCUGCUGGCCAUCGCCGCGGCGCUGCCGCAGCUGACCUGCCCGCGCGCCAUGUGCUGGAGCCUGCGGCUGUUCGCGCGCCUCCCGCACUGGCUGCAGCAGGGGCACACGUCGGGGCCCAGCGCCGCCGUCUUCCAGGCGGCGUUGCCCUUCCUCGCCCGGGCCUGGUGCCAGCUCGCGGCGGGCUCGCCCGUGGCCCGCGAGCCCGAGGUGCUCCGGGAGCUCGUCGUCGCCAUGCGCGAGGCCUCGCGCGCGUGCCCUGGCGCCGUCAGCCUGGCGGUGGCGCAGGCGCUGGCCGAGGGCGGGAUCGGCGCAGGGAGCCAGGAGCCGCUGCCUCGGCAGCUGUCGGACGGCGGGAGCUCGGAGGAGUCCCUCGCCGAGGUGCUAAGGGAUUCGGUGGACGCCUGGCAGACGCAGGGCAUGCGGCGGCAGCUGUGCGCGCACUGUCACGGGGCUCGCGUGCGCCACCCCAGGGCCCAGGACGGAGCCCUGGCCAUGGUGCGCGCCGUCAACGCCGUGGGCGUCGGCCCGUGGGAGCAGCAGACGUUCGCCACCUCCACCCCGCCGGAGGCGCCCGACUCCCUGCGCCGCACGGCGCGGUCUCCGGGGACGAUCUCCCUGGAGUGGCACCUUGAGGAUCCGGACGGAGCGCCUGUGACGGCGUGCGAGGCGCAGGUGCUGGGCGCGCUCGGCUGGCAGGAGGCGGCCUUCGAGGGCGGCGGCGCGCCGCUGCAGCUGCCGCAGCCGUGGGGCGCCUGGAGGUGCACCGUGAGCGCCCUCUCGAUCGGCACGGAGUACGACCUGCGCGUGCGCGGGGUCAACGAGGCCGGCUGCGGCGCGUGGGGGCGCGGCCGCUUCGGGACCUCGGAGCUUCCGGCUGCCCCCCGCCGCAUCUCCCGGGCCCUGCGCGGCGCGAGCACGCUGCGCCUGGAGUGGGAGCUGGCCGACCCGGAGGGGGCGCCGGUGGAGAGCUGCGAGCUGCACGUGAUGGGCGCGCUGGGCGCGCUCACCUGGGCCUGCGCGAGCACGAAGGACGCCGCUGGACCCCGGCGCGCGCGCGGCAGCACCUGGUGCGCCGACGUCGUGGGGCUCACGGGGAACACGGAGUACACCUUCCGCGCGCGGGGCUGUUCUGCGGGCGGCUGCGGCGCGUGGUCGGAGGCGUGCGCCUUCUGGACGUCGGAGCUGCCCGGCGAGCCGACGAGCGGCCGGUGCGCGUCCCGAGCGACGGCGUCGGACCAGCUGGGCCUCGAGUGGCGGAUCCCGGAUCCAGAGGGUGCCGAGGUGCUGAGCUGCGAGGUGGAGGUCGCCACCACGCUGAGCUGGCGGAGGCCACAGUUUCUGCCGAACGGCGAGCCCCGGCGCGGUGACGGGGGCCAGUGGUCGGCGGCCGUCGCCGGGCUUUCCGCGGACACCGACUACACGUUCCGCGCCCGGGGCCGCAACGCCUCGGGCGCGGGCGGCUGGGGCCCACCGUUCGCAGGCCGUACGUCGGGCGCGCCGCCGCAGCCCGUCGAGGACGGCUGA